AUGAACGGUGUAAAAGUAGAUAUAAAUCAUUUGAAAAAGGGAGAGGUCAACUUAGGUACUUCCAUCAUGGCUGUUACUUUUAAAGAUGGUGUAAUUUUAGGAGCUGAUUCACGAACCACAACGGGGUCUUAUAUUGCCAAUAGGGUUACCGACAAACUAACACAAAUACACGACACCAUAUACUGUUGUCGUUCAGGUUCGGCUGCUGAUACUCAAGCUGUCGCCGAUAUGGUGAAGUAUUAUUUACAAAUUUAUUCAUCACAAUUACCAGUUGGUCAAAAACCAACAACAAAUAUCGCUGCCAAUGUAUUUCAAGAAAUUUGUUACAACAAUAAGGAUAAUCUAACUGCUGGUAUUAUAUGUGCUGGAUAUGAUGACAAGUAUGGUGGUUCUGUAUACUCGAUUCCAAUUGGAGGGUCAAUACAUAAACAAGAUUAUGCCAUUGCUGGAAGUGGAUCAACAUUCAUUUAUGGAUGGUGCAAUGAAAAUUAUAAACCAAGCAUGGAGAAAGAUGAGACGGUUGACUUUAUCAAGACUGCCUUGGCUGAAGCUAUCAAAUGGGAUGGAUCUUCUGGUGGGGUUAUUCGAAUGGUGAUUUUAACGAAAAAGGGAGUUGAGAGGUUAAUCUUCUAUCCUGAUGAGUAUGGCGUAUUGACAAAGAGAACGGAGUAG